GUUUAGCAUACUCAGAUUAGAGACAGACUAUAGUCUACACGUGCCAUAAAUAUUAUGUAUUUGGAAACUGUAGCUAUAUAUCAUGUUUGCAGUAACAGGAUAUCACCAACUUGUACUUUUAUUAUUUAUGACGUUAGAGAGCUGUAGUUAUACCAAUACAAAGAACUUGAUUUCCCCUCUCAUUAUCACAAGGCGCCAGCGGCUUGUGUUGGUCUUAUCCACCGCCAAUCAGAUGAGACGAUAUCCACGCCCAUUAUCCGUUCCCAAUCCCGCCUACUAGGGAGGCGUAACAGUAGAUUAGCACGCCCGGUAUGACCCAGAACCACAACAGUAGCGUUGAGCACGGCACGAGCAGCUUGUUUGCUAUUUACUCUGCAGCCAACCGUUUGUAGAAGACAUUCUCAUACGUUUCAGAGCUUCUUGGUGACACAAGCCAACCAUGUGCUCCUACCGUUGCACUGUAUUGUCGGCAGUCCUUCUCCUCAUCAAUUGUUACUUCGAACUUGCCUCGUCGUCUAGAAUCCGGCUUCCACAGAUUCGCCUAAUGGAUGGGACAGACGGCUGUGAAGGAAGAGUAGAAAUUCGUUUACAAAGAACAGGGCCAUGGGGAACAGUGUGUGAUGACCUAUGGAGACAAGCAAAUGCAGACGUUGCAUGUAGAGAGCUUGGGUAUGGUUCAGCGGAAGCGCCCGUGCGGCGGUUUUUUGGUCCAGGAAAAGGACACAUCGUCAUGGACGAUGUGGUUUGCAGAGGAAACGAGAAAAGCAUACGGGCAUGUUCCUACAGCUAUGACAACAACUGCAAUCACAAGGAAGACGUUGGCAUUAGAUGCAGUGGCUGCAAACCAGGAACUCCCAUCAACACCAGUGUAUUAAUGGAGGUCAUCAAUGGUGGCUGGUCACAGUGGUCUAGGUGGUCUACCUGCACAGAAACCUGUGGGGGUGGAUUUAAGAGCAGGACCAGGUUGUGUAACAGUCCUAUACCCCAAAAUGGUGGAGCUAGGUGUGUGGGGAAGUCUGAAAAAAAGAAGAAAUGUGGCAGAAGGCCUUGUCGACAAAGAAUCUGGACUCCUUGGACUGAUUGGAGCAUUUGUUCAGCUACUUGUGGCAAUGGCACUAGAAUCAGAGAAAGAUUCUGCACUGAUUCACAGAAUUGCCGGGAUACAAGAAAAGAAUAUGGUCUUUGUGAUUUACCUCCAUGUGUUGUUAAUAUGUGUGAUAAAGGUCCUUGCCAGAAUGGUGGCUCCUGUCUGCCUCUAAAUGGGGGGAAAAGUUACAGAUGCUACUGUGUCCUAGGAUUUUAUGGAGAUGAUUGUGAAAGUACCUGUGGCUGUCGAAAGCCAGUUAUUAGUGCAAAAAUUGUUAUUGCACCAGGAGUGAGAGAAUCCCUAGCUUGGCCCUGGAAUAUACUUCUGAAGGUGACAGGAAAGUCAAAUUACUUGUGUAGUGCCAACCUAAUUCACCCGGAGUGGGCAGUUACUACAUCCCAUUGUGUGCGAGAUGCAUUUCCUCACUUUUCUCCUUCAGAGAUCCCAGCAUCUGAGUUCAAAGCUGUCUUUGAUUUAGAAAAUCGAUGUCGUGAUUCUCAUAGUAAUGUGCUGCCAAUCAGUGAAGUUAUUAUGCAUCCACUGUUCAGAGCAAACUCAGAGCAACAUCGAUAUGACUAUGAUAUUGCUUUACUUCGACUGGCAGCUCCAUCAGACCUUGCAACUAUUUGCUUACCAGAAGAAAGCUGUCAAGAUACAAUAGGUGUCAACAGAACUAAGUGUUUUGUGGUGGGAUUUGGGAAGACUGCUGAAUACAGUCGAAAAGGAUCUUGCAAGUUGCUACGCAUGAAUAUACCAAUGGAAAAAACAUGGAAAUGUAACUCCACUCGAUACCACAAUGGAUCAAUGACAGAACGAAUGUUCUGCGCCGGUAGAAAUGGAAAAGAUGCCUGUCAAGGAGACUCAGGCAGCCAGUUCUCAUGCCCCAUUGAAGAACGGCAAUGCAGACCUAACAAAACCCCUUUCCAGUUAUGUGGACUGGUUAGUUGGGGUGUUGGCUGUGGUCGACUAAACAAGCCCGGUGUCUAUACAAACAUAUACGAAUUCGUGCCAUGGAUUCGGGAGGUGAUCUACAGCAAAUCACCUGAAUUUGACGGAUCAACACAAAUAACAGAAUAAAUCCGACACGUGGCUAUACAGGCAUAAUACUAAUGGCAGAUAACUAACAAAGAUUUUCAGUAGUUCAGAUAGCAAUAAACUUGGAAACUAGAUGGUUAGCUGUGUAGUUCAUAAUUGGCGCUACCAUGCAGUGGAUGUUAUAACAGUGUAGGACAUGUAUCUAUUUAUCUUCUGGUAUUUCACGCUGCUACUUAUUUCAUUAUAGAAGAAACCUCAGUAGGCUUCAAUACUUUUUAUCAAUAAUAAACAAAUCCUACUGAAUAAAAGAA